AUGCUUAACAGGGUGGAUCCUAAGAAUCAUGUUUUGGUUGCCUAUGUAAAAACAAUCGAUUCAUCAAUUCCAACGGGAAUUUCAUUGCCACAGGAAGAAAAGAAAACGAAAAAGUCAAAGAAGAUUGUUCCUACUUCACCUGAACCAAAGAAAAAGGGUUCGAAAACCUCUAAGUCUUCAAAGAAGGAAACUGAAAAUAUUAAAGUGACAAGUGAUGAAACAAAUGUGGUUGAGCCAAUGGUGGAUGAAACUCAAGAGAAUGUUAUUAUUCCUUCGAAAACUGGGAUGUUUCGAAGAAUCAAGAUGAAGUCUACUAAAAAAAAAGUCAUCAUCACAGAAGCUGAAACGAGUAGCAGAAGAUAUGGCAAAACACUUUCACAACCGAAGAAGAAGAAGUUGAAGAAUACUUGCAAGCUUUUUUUAUCUACUGAGUCUACUGAUGAAGAUGAACGAAUCCCAGAAACGCCAAAGUUCACUCCUAUUGUUACAAGUUUCAUUCCUGAGGCGAAUGUUAUGAAAACACCCGAAGUUUCAAUUGCCAAGUCAAUUUUUGAUGAGGUUCGAACUUCAGGCAUCCCUGCACACGUAUCUGAUAUGGAUGCAAAUGUCAACAUGGGUGAAGGAGGUUCGAAAGAUGCAGCUCAAGGUCCAAUUAUCGUUACACCAACAUCUACUAUUCCUCUCACAUCAAUUACUGUUUCACCAACCUUCGAACAUAUCCUAAAUCCACCAUUCACUUCCAUUUUUCCUUCUCAAUCCACUAAUACACCCAAACCAUCUUCACCGACUGACACUGAUAAUGAAGGGUUUGGAGGUACGUUCGAAAAUCUAGAAUUCAAUGAAGAUGAAGAAGAAUUUCCUGAUCACAUGUUGAUGAUAAUGAAGCCAUACAAGAUUCUUAAUCAAAAGUUGAACUCCAUCAUUCAAUCCCAAGUUGAUCUUGGAUGA